AUUUUGCCUAAUUGCCAAACUUUUUGAAAUGAUGUCAUCAAGUGAAUUUGUGAUUGUCGCCCAACCGAUUACAGUCAGACGGAUCGUGAUCGCUAAACGACGUCUACCUCUGUUUAGUUUCAAACACAUUGGUCAACAAGCACGAACUGUCAGUUGGAUCGUUUUCAUCAUCUGCUGUGCAACGAGAAACGUCAUGGCCGCACCAGUCCGACGUCACAAGAGCAACAAUAGUCCGAUCAUGUUCGAAGAUGAAACGCCUACAGAGGCCAAUGUUGAUAAUGAACACGUUCACCUUGAAGGAGGUGGAACAGGUGAUCGAUUCCGCGACGUCCGGCCAAAGUGGGUCAAUCCGUGCGGUGGCAUUCUUGACGAUUCCGGCAUAGACCCGGAUGCCCCGCCACUCGAAGAUUCCGAAAUUGCCGCCAAUGCCAUCCUGGACGUUGACAUUGCUCUCAACCAGAUUGAAUCCUUCAAAAACGACUUUGUGCGAUCGCUCUUCCGGAUGGACUUUGACGAGAUGGUCAAAACCUGGGCACACUUCCAUUACGAUUGGCUGCCGGCCUACGAGGCUGUGCCUAAGGUCAUCGGAGCCCAGCUCGUCCCUCAUCAACUCGAAUCCCUCGAGUUGGGAGCAACGUUGAAAAAGUUAUACCUGGCUGCUCAGACGAUAGCCGUCGGUCUGGAACAGGUCAUUCUAGACAGAGCGGUUUACGGUGGCGAUUUCCUGGAACAAUUUGCCACAACGGAGAAUAAACUCGCAAUGGUCCUGUGUUCGCUGCAGAUGGCCAUGAUCGAGAAACACGUUGAGCCAGAUGCUGACGCUGUUCGUCAGUUGAUGGACAACAAAUACCGCGAUAUGCGGAGCGCCUCGGGUCGCAAUCUCCGAGAUUUUGUUAUCAUUCGAGACUACAUCAACCUGCUGGAAUACACUCAUCAAGUUUUGCAACACUUUCAAAAUGGGCCGUCUGGAUCGAGUAGCUGAACUAAAAAAACAAAAGAAAGCUUAGAAAAGAUUGUCAAAAGAACUUCUCUGGAAUGGAAUUCAUAUUCGUCGGUUAUUAUCUCAACAAAUUGUUAUAGAACUACAUGACUACUACCUUCAACUAAUUGAAUGUUCCCCCCACCCACUAUUUAUUGACAUAGGAACAAAAUAUUUGAGUAUUAUAUUGCACACACAUGAUUAACGUAUAAAAGUUUUGUCUGUGUAACCCAUCGAAUGUUUUGUGGCCAAUUGAUUUCCACAAGUAGUUAAUCCUACAGCUCCCACAUCAAGUCCUCCCUUUUGAUUUUCGUUAUUGUGUGUACCUCUGUGUUGUAGUUAGUAUGUUGGUGAAACUCUGACUGUGAUAUUAUUCAAAUCUGACUCGUUCGUGUGUAUACCAAGGCCCCCAAAGUUUCACUCACCACCGUUCUUUGAUUCCGUUCCAAUGUUUUCCUAUUUUUGAGAUGGAUGGUUUCCCUGAAAUGCAAACAUCUCUACUUUAAACAUGCAAUGGUAUGAUACACCCUGUUCUGACAGCUAAUGUAAAGACUAGUGGUAGUAGUAGCUAUGAUAGGUAGCCUUCAUGUAUGAAAAGCAUCUGCCAGGCUGCAAAAAUUUUUGAAUGACCACCUCUCGUAUACAUCCCAAGGAGAAAGACCAAACACGUUCUGAUGACCCGUAGUUAUUAUUAUUAUUAUUGUAUUCGAUUCUAUUUAUUGAAACACACAGCGAUACAGAGAGUAAAUGCACACACUAAUCUUUGUUGUGUUUGGCCAUCAAAUAAAUGCUGAUCAUGAUGUAUAAUUAACAGUAUUUUUACAUGUCUAGAAACAGGAAAUCCCAGCAGCAAUGAUACAAAAACAUCACACUGCAUCGUGUUUCACAGAUGAACAAAACAAAAAAUCUAGCAGACGAAAAUGUCGUGAAUCUGUGUUGUUUGUGCGUACGUGCUCGUCCAGUUGAAAUCGUAGAGUUACGCCAUUAUAUUCCACGUUAAAAUCAGUCAAAUAGUUCCCAAUGCAGAUUGUGUCCAAUAAUUGUAUAAAUAUAGUACGUGUUUUGAAUUGAA